UGAAAAAAAAUGGUCCUUGGUGACCUACAGUCAAGAGUCAUUAAUAAUCUGAGUAAUGAAGUUUGGCAAAAACACGAGUAACUCUGGCUUCAGUGGGGCCUGUGUCUUUGGAGAGGGAGGAUGCUAUAGCAGCAUUUGACAAAGGGCAAUUUCAUUUUCUUUAGUGAGAUGUCUCCCACCAGAAGUUGAAUAACAAUCAAGGAAAGAAAUAAGCUCAUUAAGGUGAAAUAAAUUUUGUGAGUUCAGCUUUAGGCUUUGUCCUACAAAGUCGAUGUCUGCAGAAAGAAUACUCAAGACUCUAUGCAAGUCAAGAGAGAUUGAGAGGGUUGACCCCUGGUCAUGGAGCCUCUAGAAAAAAAUAUACCCACAUAUACUGCUUAUGAUUUGUUUGACAUCACAAAAGAGAAAUGAAGAACCAUACAAAGCAGAUACAGUUUAUCCUUCUGGGACUGACAGAUAAUUCUCAGUUGCAGACUGUGAUUUUCUUAUUUCUACUUCUAAAUUACCUGUUGAGCAUGAUAGGAAACUUGACCAUCAUUGCCCUCACGCUACUGGAUUCUCACCUCAAGACCCCAAUGUAUUUCUUCCUCUGUAAUUUCUCUUUCCUGGAAAUUUCAUUCACGAGUGCUUGUAUCCCCAGAUUCCUAAUCACCACUGUAACCAGAGAAAAGACCAUUUCCUAUAAUGAUUGUAUAUCUCAGUUAUUUUUCUACAUAUUAUUGGGGAUUACGGAGUUUUUCCUUCUGGCAGCUAUGUCCUACGACCGCUAUGUUGCCAUCUGUAAACCUUUGCAUUAUACAUCUAUCAUGAGCCGCAGAAUUUGUCAUCAGCUUGUACUCAGUUCUUGGGCAACUGCAUUCCUGAUCAUUUUCCCUCCACUGAUUUUAGUUCUUAGCCUGGAUUUCUGUGGCUCAAAUAUCAUUGAUCAUUUCAUUUGUGACAUUUCUCCAGUCCUGCAACUUUCUUGCUCAGACACACAUUUACUAGAACUGAUUGCUUUUUUCUUAGCUGUGAUGAUCCUCAUUGUCACAUUGUUUUUAGUAGUCCUUUCUUACUCUUACAUCAUGAAGACAAUUCUAAAAUUCCCUUCAAUUCAGCAAAAGAAAAAAGCCUUCUCUACCUGCUCCUCUCACAUGAUUGUUGUUACACUAAGUAUCAGCUCNUGCAUCUUUAUCUACAUCAAACCUUCAGCAAAGGAAUCAGUGGCCAUUAACAAGGGUGUGGCAGUGCUCACUACCUCCAUCGCUCCGGUUCUGAACCCUUUCAUUUAUACACUGAGAAACAAGCAAGUCAAAGAAGCCUUCAAUAACUCAGUCAAAAGAAUCGUGAUAUUUUCCAGGAAAUAA